AUGACAGAAGAUGAGAACGUGUGGGAGAGAGACAUGGAAGAUAACCGGGAUAUGUUCAAAGAGGAAGACGCCUCGCCAUCCUCAACAACCAGUACAAUGACAGCUUCCGAAGACGUCAUCAGCAGCAGUAGCAGCAGAAGGAUGCUGUGUGAUGAGCGUUCCGCAUCGCAGUCACCUCUGCUCAAGGAAAAAGUGACUGUCGAUAGCCCGCCUGACGACGUCAAAGCGUUUUUUGGACAUCCGUUGACACGAGCAACAAACGCUCUUAACGGCGAUGAGGUGGACACAAACGCUGAUGCUGAAGCGUUGCUGCACGAGUACAAAUAUUUACAUUCCAUCCAGCGAGACGAAAUCAAGGUCUCUGGAAGGCUGAAUGGGUUUCUGGACAUCGUCAGGUCAGUUCUCUCCCAUCUUUUACUUUUUCAUUUGUACGUUUCUCAGUUCUAG